AUGACGGAACAUGGCGGCACACAAAUUAAGGGAGGCUACAUGCUGCGGUACAAGAGGAAAUACCUGUGGAACUCGUGGUCGGAGGAGUGGGUGGUGCUGUACGACGACUCAACUAUGGCAUGGUUCAAGGACGCAUCAGGCAAAUGCAUGGCGACACAGAAGCACCUCGUGAAGGAGUGUCCUGAAAUGCUGGCCAUCUCCACCUGGACAGGACAGGUCCCGCGGCGGCCAGCGUUACCACUUGGAGCGAAGUUAUCCCAGCUGAUGGCGCUAGGGUCGCGGCAGAAUCCGGGACAUGUGGUCUGGAUGCUGGCUAAGAACGAUGAGGAAAUGAAGGAUUGGAUGAACGCCAUAUCAAAAACGUUGCCGCCGCCGCCACACAUCGAGCUAGUUAUGUCCAUGCCCUACCUUCGCACCGCCUUCAAGAAACCUACGGUUAGAGUAAGACCAGCAACAUCGUCGGAGAUGUACAACCGGCAGCGGAACGCGUCCGGCGCGCUCGACAGCAGAGGGCUGGUGGCAGUCAUCAAGCGGCAAGUCCCGUUGGCAGGCCAGCUGGGCCAUGAGCUGGCUUGGGGACAAGGAUGGGGUUGGGUCACCCUACCCAAUGGCGUGUGGAGCGGACGCCUCACCUGGUCCCAAGACGGCGACGACUUCGCCCUCCACGCGAUGCCCAUCAUGCACCACACCAACGUCUCGCAAGCCUGCUCCAUGCUCGACGGAGUCACGGCAUACGAAGCGUCUGCGUACGACCAGGCCCUCUCCGAGUAUGACGACUCCGGCACCAGCGACGAUUGGGACAUGGGGGUCGAUUGCGGGGACUUCAUGAUGUAA